AUGUACAACCCUGCGGCGGCGAGUAGGAGCGUCCUGGCGUCGCGGACGAGUUCGCGGUCGGUGACGGAGACGGUGAACGGUUCGCACAAGUUCGUGAUCAAGGGUUACUCUCUUGCCAAGGGAAUCGGCGUCGGAAAACACAUCGCGAGCGAGACUUUCACCGUCGGAGGGUACCAGUGGGCGAUUUACUUCUAUCCUGACGGCAAGAAUCCGGAAGAUAACUCCGCCUAUGUCUCCGUCUUCAUCGCGCUCGCUUCGGAAGGCACCGACGUUCGCGCGCUCUUCGAACUCACCUUGCUCGACCAGAGCGGCAACGGCAAGCACAAGGUGCACAGCCACUUCGAUCGGUCGCUCGAGAGUGGGCCCUACACUCUCAAAUAUCGAGGCAGCAUGUGGGGUUAUAAGAGAUUUUUUAAACGGGCUCAACUCGAAGCAUCAAGUUUCCUGAAAGAAGACUGCUUGAAGAUAAACUGCACUGUUGGUGUUGUGGUUUCAUCCAUUGAUUGUUCUAAAUUAAACACAAUACAGGUUCCUGAGUCUGAUAUUGGGUCACAUUUUGGAAUGCUGUUAGAGAAUGAGGAGGGAUCCGAUGUUACUUUCUCUGUCAGUGGAGAAAGGUUUCAUGCUCAUAAACUUGUUUUGGCUGCUAGAUCAACUGCAUUUGAAACUGAGUUUUUCAAUGGGAUGGAGGAGGAUGAACGGGAUAUAGUUGUUACUGACAUGGAACCUAAGGUUUUCAAGGCUUUACUUCAUUUUAUUUAUCGAGACACUCUUAUAGAUGAUGAAGAACUUUUUGUGUCACGUUCAUCGUUCUUGCCUUCAGUAUCUGAAUCAUUUGCAGCAAAGUUGUUAGCUGCUGCGGAAAAGUAUGGUUUGCCUAGACUUAAGCUGAUGUGUGAAUCGGUACUUUGUAAAGACAUUUCUAUAGAUUCUGUAGCCUAUAUUCUGGCUCUUGCCGAUCGCCAUCGUGCUACAGAAUUGAAGUCUGUCUGUCUACAAUUUUCUGCUGAAAACCUUGUUGCCGUGAUGCAAUCUGAUGGUUUUGAGUAUCUUAAGGAAAAUUGUCCAUUGCUGCAAUCGGAAUUGCUAAAGACUGUGGCAGGAUGUGAGGAGGAAUUUAGUGGAGAAGGAAAAUGUCGGAGUGUCUGGGCCCAAUUUUCUGAUGGUGGCGAUACCAAUGAUAGGAGUGUAAGACAACAAACCUGGGAAAAUGGAGUUGACAGAAGUCAAAGCUUAUGGGUUCACCUUUCUGAUGGUGUUAACAACAAUGACAGGAGUCCAGGACAAGAACCUUGA